CAGUCCAAGUUGAUGAUAGUAGAUAAAAUUAAUUUUCGAAAAGCUGAAAUUAAAUUAUGCAUAUAUAAUAUAAAAUUUUGCAAUUAAAAUGGAUUCUUUGGUUAGUAAUGAUCAGCAGUGAUAACAUUUUCUAUCAUUUUGUUACAAAUAUCUAAUUCUCCAUGGCCUCCGUUGGAUUCAGUGGAAUAUUGCAAUUGACAGACUUGGAUGACUUCAUCGUGCCAUCCCAGGAAUGUAUCAAACCUAUAAAAAUCGAGAAAACUGCCGCUGGAACUGGUUCUAAAAUCAAAAUUCAAGAUGAUGGUUCAUAUUUGCACAUUUCGGAGGAUGGAGUUAAAAGGAAAUUGGCUCGGGUAGAUAUAUCAUUGAAUGACUGUCUGGCUUGUAGUGGCUGUAUUACUACAGCUGAAUCCGUUCUCAUAGCUCAACAAAAUCACGACGAAGUAUUGCGAAUUCUGAGUGAAAACAGCAUAUUGCGACAGAAAGGAGAAAAUUCAAAAUUCAUUGUUAUUUCGCUAUCUGUACAACCUGUACUAUCACUUGCAUCGAAAUAUGCGAUCUCCAGUCAGGAUGCUUUCUUCAAAUUAUCUGGGUUUUUCAAAAGCAAAGGAGCAGAUGCCGUUUUUUGUACUAAAAUAGCUGAAGACAUAGCCUUAACAGAAACAACUCGAGAAUUCUUAAAUAGAUGGAAAAAUAAAAAAUUAGGGUGUACCCCGUCGUUACCAAUGUUUGCAUCCGCAUGUCCAGGCUGGAUUUGCUAUGCGGAAAAGACACAUGAAUUUUUGUUACCUUGCAUUAGUUCUACGAAAUCACCUCAACAAAUCAUGGGGUCGUUGAUCAAAAAUUGGUUCGCUGAACAAAAAAAAUUGAGUCCCAGUGAUAUUUACCAUGUUACGUUGAUGCCUUGUUAUGAUAAAAAAUUAGAAGCAUCGCGAGAUGAUUUUUAUGAUUCGAAUAUUGACGCGAAAGAUGUAGAUUGUGUUCUAACACCCGUGGAAAUGGAAAAAGUAUUUCAAAAUGAACUUAUUGAUUUGUCUGAAAUUGAAUCGCAACCUCUCGAUCAAUUAUUUUCGAAUGAAGAUUCGCCUACUUGUGAAGAACCUACAGAUAUAAGCAUUCAUGAUGGAUCAACUUCUGGUGGAUACGCCUAUCAUUUGCUGAUUAAGGCUGCUAAAGAGUUAUUUUCAGAGGACCUUGCAGAUGUUGAAUUUAAAGUCAUCAGGAAUCAAGAUUUGCAAGAGAUAUCAUUUUCAAAAAACGAAAACAGUUUACGAUUCGCUGUUGUUAAUGGUUUUCGUAACAUUCAAAAUAUUGUUCAAAAAUUGAAAAGAAAUCGGAAUCCGUAUGAUUUUAUUGAAAUAAUGGCUUGCCCGAGCGGCUGCAUUAAUGGAAGUGCUCAAGUCAGACCAUCAGAUGGUGUCACGUCCAAAGAAAUGAUUGAAAAACUAAAAAAAAUGUAUUAUGAGUUACCAAAGUGCUCAGUUCAAAAAUCUAAUGAAACAGCUCUCCAAGUAUGCGACAAAUGGAUUAGAAAUGAUGACGAUAAAUUUAAGUCUAUGCUUCAUACUUCGUAUCAUGCUGUUCAAAAAAGUGCCGCAUCUCUUAAUAUAAAAUGGUAAAAAUAAAAAGAAAAGAAUGAUAAUUCCAAUAUUUCUAUAGGACUUCGCAUUUUAUUCAUGCGUGUUGUGUUUAAACAAUGCCAAUAAAUAUAAUUUAAUAAUAAGUAAUACUUGAUAAAUUUAUUCGCUAUAGUAAAGCUUCCUGACUGA